AUGUCAACCUCGGAAUCACAACCCAGUCUACCGAAGAACCUAUUCCCCCACCAAACACCCGCAGCCGCGAGCUCAUCAACAGAGGAGACCAAAGAUGCGAAUGGAAUGACGAAACUGCCCAACGGGGUCAUUCUCGACAAAGAUGGAAAACCAUGUCGCCUCUGCACCUCCGCCGCAUCCUGGCGCAACCUAACCAAACAAGCCAAAGCCCAAGGCGCAACCUCAACCCCAACAACCACAAAACCAACCCCCGAGUCAACUACCAGUACAUCCACACCCCAACGGCAUCGUACCCCGUGCAAGCGACGCAGGAACAACAGGGCGAGAUGCGGACGUUCCUGA